AUGGGGCAGAAAUUUUGGUUGCCGCUCUUUUUUAGUUUCUUCACCAUUUCUUUAUCUCUAACACCGACGUUAGCAGCAGAAGUGAAGUCAUACGUUGUGUACUUGGGAGGAUAUGCACGCCAACCUAAUACAGUGUCCACUCAGGAAGUUGCGACCCAGGCCCAUCACGAGUUACUUACCUCCAUCCUAGGAAGUAAAGAGAAGACCAAGGAAGCGAUCUUCUAUUCUUACACCAAUGAAAUCAAUGGUUUCGCGGCCGUUCUCAGUGAUGAGGAAGCCUCCCAGAUAUCAGAGCACCCAGAUGUUGUUUCUGUCAUCCCCAACCGGCCUUACCAACUCCAUACUACUCACUCGUGGGAGUUCUUGGGUCUAGAGAGAGACGGCAGGGUUCCUUCUGCCUCACUCUGGAAGAGGGCUAACUUUGGAGAGGACAUAAUUAUUGCAACUCUUGAUACUGGGGUUUGGCCGGAGUCGGAGAGCUUCAACGAUGAGGGCUAUGGGCCCGUUCCAUCCAGAUGGAAAGGAGUAUGCCAAAACAGAACUGAUCCCCAUGGCAUCCACUGCAACAGGAAGUUGAUCGGUGCCCGCUACUUUUCCAAGGGCUACAUCGAAGCAGGUGGAUCUCCAGAGGAUGGUGGUUUCAACACUCCCAGGGACUCUGAGGGCCAUGGCACCCAUACUCUAUCAACGGCCGGGGGCAAUGUGGUAGGCAACGUGAGCUUAUACGGCUUCGCCAGUGGUAGUGCCAAGGGUGGCUCUCCCAGGGCCCGCCUUGCAGCCUACAAGGUUUGCUGGCCGGGCUCCUUCGUAACUGGGCCUGGUUGCUACACCGCCGAUAUACUUGCAGGUUUUGAUGCUGCCAUCGGCGACGGAGUCGAUGUGCUUUCAAUCUCACUGGGUGGUUCCCCAGAUGAUUAUUUUGAAGAUCCAGUUGCCAUUGGUUCAUUUCAUGCCGUUGGCAAGGGGAUUACGGUCAUCUGCUCCGCCGGAAAUAGCGGCCCUCUUCCAUCAACAGUCACUAACAUGGCUCCAUGGAUACUCACCGUCGCAGCCAGCACUCUGGACCGCAAAAUUCUAUCAAAUGCGUUGCUUGGUAACAAGCUUACUCUUAAGGGCCAAAGUUUCUCAAGAUAUAGUUUGCCAAAGAAGUUUUAUCCUUUGGUGACGGCAACAGAAGUUGGAUUAGCUGGCCAUUCUGAAACUAAUGUGACAUUAUGCAGCCCUGGUGCUCUGGAUCCGGUAAAGACCAAAGGAAAGAUUGUAGUUUGUACUCGCGGCACAAUAGCGAGGGUGGAAAAAGGUGUGGCUGUGAAGAAAGCUGGUGGUGUUGGCAUGAUAUUGGUUAACAAAGGAAUAGAUGGCGACUUCGUCAUCCCCGACCCUCAUGUACUUCCAGCUACACAUCUCACUGAAGCAGACGGCAAAAAGGUCUUCGCCUACAUCCGAUCAACCAAGUCGCCAGUUGCAUAUAUAGGAAAAACAACCACGGUGCUGCGGUCAAAGCCUGCUCCGGUCAUGGCUUCUUUCUCAUCACAAGGGCCCAAUGCCAUCACUCCUGGAAUUCUGAAGCCUGAUAUCACUGCACCCGGAGUUGACAUCCUAGCCGCCUUCAGUCUUGUCGCAGAAGCGUCAGUUUCUGGUAGGCCUUCCCUGAAGUACAACAGUCUCUCCGGCACAUCCAUGUCCUGCCCACAUGUUUCCGGCGUUGUCGGCCUUCUCAAGAAGGUUCACCCCGAUUGGAGUCCUGCUGCAAUCAGGUCCGCGAUUAUGACCACAGCAAGGAAACGUGACAACAUGAAGGCGCCAAUCGAGGAUGCAUCUUUGGUAAAGGCAACACCAUUUAACUAUGGAUCAGGCCAUAUUAGACCGAACCGCGCUGCAGAUCCGGGCUUGGUCUAUGACCUUGGCCCUAAGGAUUAUCUUAACUUCUUGUGUGCAAUCGGUUACAACAAGACCAUCCUUGCUACUUUCUCAACCAAAUAUGCUUGCCCCUCAGAUGUUCCUACAGUCUCAGAUCUCAACUAUCCUUCAAUCAGUGUUGUCAAUAUCACUGGGCAAAUGACCGUCUCCAGAACUGUCAAGAAUGUAGGCACGCCAGGCUCUUACAGCGUCCGUGUUAGGCCGCCGCCUGGAUUCUCAGUCACAGUGAACCCAGGAAGUUUGAAGUUUGUCAAGGCUGGUGAAGAGAAGCAAUUCACUGUUACAAUAAAAGCUAAGGGAAGAGCUAAGGGCGAGUAUAUGUUUGGGAUGCUGACUUGGUCGGAUGGCAAACACCAUGUGAGGAGUCCCAUUGUUGUCAAGCCUCUGUGAACUUGAACGUUGGUUUUAAGUACAUAUGGAUAGGGACUUUGUUUGGUUAUGCUUCAUAGAUCACUUUAGCUUUAGAUUUCUCACGGGUUGAUUUUCGUUUUUUUAGCAUUCCUGAUUUGGUAUGGUAGACGAAUGUACUUAAUCAAUUGUUCGAAGAAGCAAUAAGGUCUAUUGAAGUAUGGAAGAAGUCUUUAUUUGGUGUUUGA